AUGUCGAAACGCACCUCACUCGUCGCUCACAGAGCGUGGGAGCUUCUACGCAGGCUGCUGUGCACCAGAAGAGGCGAAUUGUGCAGAAACAGAGCCGCGAUCACGCGCAGCGCGUUCCACAAAUUAUUCAAAAAAAUCGCGGCCUACGGCGAUCACGAGAUCUCGUUCCAGAGGACGCCGGUGGUGUACGUGAGGAUGCACCGCGCGCCGGCUGCCGUGCGUGGCGAUUGGGAGGAUGAGGACGAUGAGGUGUGGUGCGAUCGUGUGCCUCGCGAUUGUUUGUUGAAGGAGGCGGAAGAGGAGAUGAGUGAUGAAAGUGAUGAGGGGAUUGUUGAGAGGGCGGAGGAGUUCAUCACUAAGUUCUAUGAGGAAAUGAAGCAGCAGAGACAGAUUUCAAAUAUAUGA